GGGGCUCGGGGCCAUAUUCCUCCGCACGCCGCCAGUACACCUCUAGAGUACCCCCUGAGGCUGAGUAACCGGCCGGCGCCGCGCACUUGAAACGAUUGCCUCGUGUGGCGCACCUGAGGGCAGCCAGACCCCAAGCGCGCGGCGACGAGGAGCCUACCGGUAAGCCCCGGCCGUCAGGCUCCCUAGUACGUCAGUUACACAAGAGCAGAUUGCCGCGAGGCAAUGGGAGCAUCGGCCGAGUUUGCCCCAAGAAAUGGAUCGCUAUCAACGAAUUGACAAAAUUGGAGAAGGUUUGAUGACAACCUUCUAUCCAUCACAACCUUCUAUGAGCGCUCAUAGGUACAUAUGGUGUUGUUUACAAAGCAACAGACAAAGUAGCUGCCAGCGCCACCACAGCGUUAGCAUCAAUUUCCGAUUUAGGCAACUGGUGAGAUUGUAGCAUUGAAGAAAAUUCGUCUAGAGGCAGAAGACGAAGGCAUACCGUCGACUGUGUGUUCCAGCCAGUUAAAGCUGAAGAUUAGACCAAAGAAGACAUCAUAGGCAAUCCGGGAAAUAUCCCUUUUAAAGGAGCUUCAACAUCCGAACAUUGUCCGUCUCUACGAUGUUGUGCACACAGAUCGUCGGUUGACUCUGGUUUUUGAGUAUCUGGACCAAGACCUUAAGAAGUACCUUGAUAUAUGCGAUGGUGGCCUCGAGACCGCGAUCCUGAAAAGCUUUCUGUACCAGCUCCUGUGUGGCGUUGCGUUUUGCCACACCCACCGCGUUCUUCAUCGUGACCUAAAACCCCAAAAUCUUCUCAUAAAUCGCGAAGGAAAAUUGAAGCUGGCUGACUUUGGCCUCGCCAGGGCCUUUGGUAUUCCGGUCCGAAGUUAUACGCAUGAGGUGCGAAUAAUGAUAUUCAAUCAUGAUUAACAUGCUAAUUAGGUUGUCACGCUGUGGUACCGAGCACCAGACGUUCUCAUGGGUUCUCGCACAUACUCCACACCUGUUGAUAUUUGGUCUAUUGGCUGUAUUUUUGCAGAAAUGGCUACGUCGAGACCUCUAUUUGUGCAGACCGUGCCUUAUGAAACAACCUAGUUAGUCAACCGGCACCUUAGGCGGGUACAUCAGAAUCUGACCAAUUGAAGCGCAUCUUCAAGACCCUAGGAUCGCCCAUACAGCAAAGUUAUCCUGGACUUGUCGAGCUCCCUGACUAUAAUAGAGACCCCAAAAUCAUGCAGUAUCCUCCACCAAGGUCGUUUUCCGAUGUUGUACCACGCAUUGAUGGUACUGGUCGCAGUCUACUUGAGAAGAUGCUUGCCUAUGAUCCGUUGCAACGCUGCUCAGCUGCAGAUGCGAUGAAGCACGAAUAUUUUAACGCCAACAUUGCGUCAAAAGUAUAAUAAUAGACACUAGCUGAAUUGGUGUCCUGCUUUAAGUCCAGAGAGCCAACCCGUUUUGAGACUUUUGCGCCGAUCACACCCUCAGAUCACACCCUCGCACAUAGUGUGGCUGCCCCAAACGUGACGUUGUCAGGUCCGAGCCAGUUGCCAGUUGCAUGCUGUUGCGAGUAAUGUGCACGCUUAUGCGCCGCGCUCGUGCUGCUUUUGGCUCGCUGCGUAGCUACCAAAAGUCCUUUCUAGGAUCUCUAGCUGCAUGUGUGCGGGUUUUGUUAAUAAGCACCGCAAAUUACGCGUAAAUCACGGCGAAAUAUACGCAGCUGCCAGUGGACCGUUCUCACUUAAACUACUUCUAGUACUUGGUCCGACUCGACCUACUUGAGCGCCCAGAUAAACGUCCAAAAGCGUCUGGAAGAACCCAGCAGAAGUAGGAGUGGGUUUGAGGAGGUCUGAGGGGGGUCCGUGGCUACCUAU